GGUGGCCUUUCCCACAACAACGCAGCAAGCGCGAUCCACACACAAUCCACGACCACCUUCGCCUGCCUCGCAUCAGUAUCCCCACACGCUCUCUUCACACCCUCUUCACUCUCUCUUCACUCAUAGAAGCACACGCUCGCGUUCUCUCUCCUUCUCUGCACACACACAUACACACAAAGGCCAUGAGCAGCAACGGCACGACGUCAGCCAAAGAAAGCCCUGCAAAGGGCAAAGCAUCGGCUCUGCCAAGGGCAAACGGCGGCAGGACGAACGAUGUGCGCGAUGCCCACGCUCGCCACCGCGAACGCGCAUCGAGCGAGGGCCCACUGGAAUACCCCAUCAUCGACGCCACGCCAGCGGAGGAGCAGGCCAGCGUGGCCAGGAGCACUCACGCAAGCGUCUCCCACGAAGAAGUCUCCUUUGAGGACGUCAGCCGCGCCAAGUAUCGCAUUAUGGAUGGCGUACAGGUGACAGCGUGCGAGCUGAGCCACAACCUUUCGGCGAUGACGGAGAUGGAGCUGUACUUCAAGCGCGAGUAUCAGCUGCGCACGGGCAGCUUCAAGGAGCGCGGCGCCCGCAACGCCCUCAAACUCCUCUCGGCCGCGCAGCGGGAGAAAGGGGUCAUCGCUGCGUCGGCCGGCAACCACGCGCUGGGCCUGGCAUACCACGGGCAGGACCUGGGCAUCCCCGUGACGCUGGUCAUGCCCGUGUUUGCGCCGCUCACCAAAGUGGAGAACUGCCGGUCCUUUGGCGCAAACGUGAUCAUCUCUGGCGCGCACAUUGGAGAGUCCAUGGUCGUGGCAAAGGAGAUAGCAGAGAAGCAAGGGCUGCAGUACAUCAACGGUUACAACGACGCGGCCAUCAUUGCCGGUCAGGGUACGGCUGGCCUGGAGAUUCUGGAGCAGGUGCCCGAUGUAGACGCCAUCAUUGUUCCCGUUGGCGGUGGUGGUCUCAUUGCUGGCGUCUCUCUCGCCGUCAAGACCAUCCAGAAGAACGUGCAGAUCAUUGGUGUGGAAUCUGUGGCCUGCCCCAGCUUCUCGGAGGCCAUGAAGGCCGGUCACCCCGUCCCCGUCGAGGUGACGUCGACACUGGCUGAUGGUCUGGCUGUGCCGACUGUUGGCGCCACCGCCUUCCACGUCGCCCGCAGCCGCGUAAACAAGAUGAUCCAAGUCAGGGAGAAGGAUGUUGCCAUUGCUGUCCUCCGUCUUCUCGAGAUGGAAAAAGCGAUUGUUGAGGGUUCUGGCGCCUGUGGCCUCGCUGCUCUCCUUGCAAACUACCUCCCAGAACUCAAGGGGAAAAAGGUGGUGUGCCUGCUGUGCGGCGGCAAUAUCGACCUGCCUGUGAUUGGGCGCGUCAUUGAACGCGGUCUCGCUGCCGAUGGCCGUCUCGUUCGCUUCGUCGUCUCCGUCUCAGACAGGCCGGGUGGCAUUGCCCAGCUGACCACGCUCAUUGCACGCGUUGGCGCGAGUGUGAAGGACAUCCACCACGAGCGCGCGUGGCAGGAGAGCGACGUGAUGUCGGUGCAGAUCAAGUGCGUUGUGGAGACGCGAUCACGGGCACACGCCGAGGAGCUACGCCAGGCCCUCGUCGAAGCCGGCUACCCCCUCAAAUGGGGACUUGAUCCAAACCCGCCAGUGAUCCUUUGAACGCCAUUCGGUGCCUUUGCGACACACACACACACACACACACUCUCUCUCUCUCUCUCUCUCUCUCUCUCACACACACACACACACUCACACACACACACACACUCACUCACACUCACACGCACACCACGGUGCUGAAUGUUGUAUAAAG